CUACUCUAAUAUUCAAUUAGCUCGGAGCGCGGAGGCAGGCGGGCAUCAGCACCGGGACAAGUUGACGGCAACAAGGCGCCGUUCAUUCAUUUUUACGCAGCGGGCAUGCUCCAUGGAGGCACCGGUGCUCCGCCUGCGCUCCGGACCCGGAGUUGGCGCACUCUCCCCCGGCCUCGUCUCUGAACUUUUCACGGCACCAUGGACCCGCUGCGGACGGACACCGGCGCUCCGGUACGGCAUGCAAAUACGUACUCUGACGUCGGCGAUCAUGUGGCUUUUGGCGUAGAUCCUCCUCGCGAUCGCCAAUGUUUCUCUUUCCUGUCGCCUGUUGUCUGCUCGGUUGCCGGACCGCCGCCGCGAGGGUGGGUUUAAAACAAAAAGACGGCCCCGUCUUGAUUUCUCCGUUUACGCAGUCGCUUCGGGAUCGCCUCGGGCCACCUGAGCAUCGCGGCCGACACGGUGGGCAGUAGGAGGUGAGAUCAGUCAGAUCCUCAUCCAGCGCAUGCAGAAGGUGCUCGGCUCCUUCUCACCAGGUGUUGGCUACCUUGUUGGAUACCUGGGCACACUUUGAUGGAUACUGAGCGGCAGGAUAAGUAGCAUCCUGUCAUGACGUUCCAGGAGGUCAGCCAGCAUUGGAGCUGACACUGUCGGCGAGCCCGACGUACACUGCACCAUAACAGUCCCCCCUCCCCCUCUCAGCUUACUCCUGGGGGAAAACGGUUCUUUAGCCUCCUCGGCUGCUCCCAUCCGAUCCCAGAAACUGUGCUCGCUACCUCUCUUGGUUUAUAAAAGGGAGCCCCGGGCCUGUGUCUUGGUUCCCAGUACAAGCCAGGCCUCCUGGCUAUUCCUCCGGUACCUGAAGCUGAUUAUCCACGGCCGCCCUGUGAUAGCAGUCCUGCAUCCCGCACCCUGGGCACCUGGGCCUUAGUACCAUCUCCAGGCCGAGCACAGGCACCAGGUGACGGCAGCCGUCCACCCGGACUCAUCAUGUCCAGUCGACGGAAGGCCUCCACCCCCUUGAUGAUCCGGCCAGAGCGGACCAUGGUGGAGCUGGACGAUGACACGGAGGAGGACAUGGAGACAAAAACGGAGAACCAUACGGAGGAGGGGCCGAUGGAAGCGGAUCUCUCAACAGAGAGCGACUUGGACCUGAGGGCCGAGGCCUCGGACCCUCCCGUGGGUCCAGACAAGCCAGCAACCGAGCCACCGGACCUCUCCAAGCCUCAGCGGCGACAGCAGGGGGGCUACGAGUGUAAAUACUGCCCCUUCUCCACGCAGAACCUGAACACCUUCAAAGAGCACGUCGACGCCAACCACCCCAACGUCAUCCUCAACCCGCUGUACCUGUGCGCCGUCUGCAACUUCAACACCAAGAAGUUCGACACGCUGACGGAGCACAACGAGCGGUGUCACCCGGGGGAGAGCAACUUCAAAUUCAAACGCAUCAAAAUGAACAAUCAGACCAUCUUGGAACAGACGAUAGAGGGGCUCGGCAACAACGCCGUGGUUUACAACGCGUCCGGCAAAGGGGACGAGAUCGGCAGGCCCACCGCGGUCAAGAUCGGCAAACCCAAAAUAAUGUCGGCGGAUAACAAACGGACAGAUUUGGCCAAGAAGGCUUUUGCGGCGGUCAACGUGAACGGGACGGUCAUCAUCCCCGAGUCGACCCUCCUCAAAGCGGAAGCCCUUUCUCACAUCAUGCCUUCCCUACAGCGGCCUCUAAACUACACUCAGGUGCCGAAGAUCGCGGUGCCCCUCAACACAACCAAAUACAACCCCACGCUGGACGACAACCUGACGCUCAUCUCCUCCUUCAACAAGUUCCCCUACCCAACGCAGGCGGAGCUCUCCUGGCUCACUGCAGCCUCUAAACACCCAGAGGAGCAAAUCAAAGUCUGGUUUACCACCCAGAGGCUCAAACAGGGCAUUAGCUGGUCACCUGAGGAGGUGGAAGAAGCCAGGAAGAAAAUGUUCAACGGCACAAUCUCGUCUGUGCCUCAGACCUUCACCGUGGUCACUCCUCAGUCGUCCAACUCGUACGCCGCGGCCUCCAAAGCCAUGCAGUCGGCGGCCUCCGUGUUGCAGUCCCUCCCCUGUCAGCUGCUGGGACAGACCAGCCUGGUGCUGACGCCCGUAGCCAACGGCUCCACUGUCACUUGUGCGCCGCUGGCACUCACCGUGGCUACCCAGGUGGCGCAGUCGCUCAAGCGACCCCUGGCCUCCCCUAUGGUCUUCACGGAGAGCAAACGACCGUCCAUCAUCCAAACCAUCUUGGCGCCGAUGGCCACGUCCAAGCUGGCGUCGCCCAAAGUGCUGAGUUUUACGGUUGACCCCAACAAAACAGCGGAGCAGCUAUCAGUACUGAGGUCCAGCUACACACAGUGUCCUUUCCCCGAGGAAGAUGAGAUCUACAGGCUGAUCGAGACCACCGGGCUGUCCAGAGGAGAGAUAAAGAAGUGGUUCAGUGAACAGAGGCUGCUCAAUCUGAAAGGUGUUCCUCCACCUCCAGUGCUGGUGAAAGCAGAGGUGACGCCAGCACCCAAAGGCGCCCCUAUAAAGAAAGCGGUCCCCAACCAGUUCCCCCUGCUGGAGAGGGUGAAGGGGAAGUCGUCAGAGCAGCUGAAGGCGCUGGAGGAGAGUUUCCAGAGGAGCGGCACUCCGACGGAGGCGGAGCUAGACCAGCUGGCCCAGGAGACCAGGCUGUCUAAGACCGAGGUGGACUGCUGGUUUUCAGAGCGGCGGGCGCUGCGCGACAACAUGGAGAAGGCGCUGCUCGCCAUGUCUUCAAAGAACACGGAGGACAGAGCGGACUGGCCCGGAGCGCUGCUGCUGAACGGGACUUCACAUCGAGAGCAACCUUUACGCUCCUCUCCUCACCCGCCUGUCCUCUCCUCUUCCUCCUCCUCCUCCUCCUCCUCGUCCUCCCCUCCUGUGCUCGCAGCCUCCUCCCCUCAUCCGCCAACCCUCUCCUCCUCGGCAUCCCCUCCCAUCCUCCAUUCAUCCGCCUCCUCUUCUCCCCGUCCUCCCAUCCUGUCGGCCUCCACCAGCCCGGCUCCCAUUACCAGCCGCUCCCUCGGGCUGCUCAGAGAGACGUUCUGCCGGACUCGGUGGCCGUCUCCCGAGGAGUACAGCCAGCUGGAGGUCCAAACGAGCCUCGGACGCACCGACGCCGUCCGCUGGUUCAAGGACCACCGCUCGGCGCUGAAGAACGGCGAAACUCUGGACUGGAUGGAGAGCUUCCAGAAACAGAACCUCGGGGAGCAGCAGAGAGCGGGCCGGGAACAGAACGGACAGAGUUCUUUGGAGGUCAAGGCUGUGAAAGUGGAGGCUGGUGAGAACACAGCAGCUGCGACGGAGCACUCCAAGCUGUCUGACCAAGACAAAGUCCAGUGGUUGACUGGCAGAUUAGCCCACAGUGUGACCGACCUGAGCCGUACCAGACCGGACCAAACCAGCUCCAGCUCUGCUGACAAAGGGAGGUGGGUUCAGGUGACUGUGGCAGUGGGAGAGGAGGGCGACGCAGGACUGGAGAGGCUGGCGACAGACGGUGAGGUUCUCUCCAUGGAGCAACCCGGGCGGGUCACUGGUUGAUGGUCGAGUAAACCGGUGACUUCUACGUCAACAGACCAUCGUGCACCGAAUGUGGAACCGGUGAUGCAGCCGUCUGUGAUGUCAUCACAAAGCGCCGGGGACGUUUGUAGUUCCACUGACUGACAUGCGGCGCAGAGGAGUGCCAAAAGCUGGACUUGAUGCAUUGUUCUUACGACUACUUUAUCUUUUUUUUUUUUCUUUUUUUUUUAUUAAACAAGCACCCUUGUAAAUAUUUUUCUGUAUUACAAAAGAAAAAGGAAAAAAAAGAAAGAAGUUUGUAUAGUUUUACUGAAAGGGCACGUUUUGUAAAAAAAAAAGAAGAAAAAAUAAUUCAUGACUGAUGCCACAAAACCUGGAAUGUUUUUUUUGUUUGUUUUUAAGAUCAAAGUGUACGUAUGAACAGUAGUUUUUUUUUUUUUUUUUUUCUUUUCAAAUCAUACCUGUGCACUACUCAUUAUGAGCAGUCUUUGAUAGCACUUGUGUAUAUCCCCGUGGUAGUGAUAGAUAUGUACAUACUGGGACACACACACACACACGACCGAUCACGUAGAGGAGCGUCUGUUUGAUCGCACCAUGCUGCCUUUUUCUGACAUUUUGCCGUCGGUCUCAGAACUGGUGCAGUACAGACUGGUGACCAUGAUUUCAGCUUAAUCACGUCUUUGUUUGAAUCUACUUAAAAUAUUCUUUAUGGAAACUUGCCACCAUUUUUUUUUGGAGGCUGUUUCACGCAUGAUAAAAGAACUGAACACACACACACACCCCUCCGGUCUUUCUGGAUUUAGUUGAUUUCCAUUCAGUCGCUUUCGAAACACCUGAAAUGUCGGUUUAUGAAUCUCGUGCGCCAGGUUUUUCUGGAAAAAAAUGAAAUUUGUAAUAUCGCAACAGCCAAAAGCUGUCAUGAACUUCUUGCAUGCGCUUCAACAAUUUAAACGACUCAUUCUCAGAAAUGUUUUUAAAGGCAUGUGUGAUUCAUGGGUCUGGUUGCAAGCGCUUGCAGUAUUUGUGGCGCAAGGAAAAAAGUAAUUUAACUGGUUUGAACAGCGGCUGCUGGCUGAAUGUCUGCUUUAGGUUCAGAUGAGUAUCUGGGAUACUGUACAUUUGGUUGGCUAGAAUGAGGAAGGGGGGGGGGGGGGCCGCUUGCAUUUUUCAUUUUCUACUUUUAAGUCUGCUGUAACUCAAUAAAUACACAACCAACUAUA